GUAUAAUGUUAUUCUACCUGGUGUACCUUUAAAAAAUAAGCUUGGUAUUUGAUCUGUCAAUAUAUUACUUUAUUUGUUGUUUGUAGUAUUUUUCCCUUUUGCCCCGCCCCCCGACUCUCACCGCAUUAUUUUGACCGGAAACGGAAGUGGUCUCCCAGACCGUGGCAUCAGCAGCUCCAGCUCAGUCCAAAGUGUUGACUGUAGGGUCUGCAUCGGACUCGGCUAACGCUAGCUCCAGUCGGGCCCGUGUGGCUUGGAUCGACUCGGUUCGGAUUACUUCGCUUCGCAGUUCCGGCACACAUCAUGGCGGCGGCGGAUCCCCGCUACUCCAGCAACGGCGGACCCACAAACAGAGGUUUCCCCGCCGGGGAAAGCAGCAACGACCGCGACGGGCCAGGCGGCGGCAGCGGGGAAAGCGAGCGGGACCGGGCCACCUUCGAGUGCAACAUUUGUUUGGACACGGCCCGGGACGCUGUCAUCAGUAUGUGCGGACACUUAUUCUGCUGGCCCUGUCUUCAUCAGUGGUUGGAGACGCAGCCCAGCCGGCAGCAGUGUCCGGUGUGCAAGGCGGGCAUCAGCAGAGAGAAGGUCAUCCCGCUGUACGGCAGAGGAAGCUCCAGCCAGGAGGACCCCAGGUUGAAAACCCCACCUCGGCCUCAGGGACAGAGAACGGAGCCAGAGAGCAGAGGCGGGAUGUUCCAGGGCUUCGGAGAUACCGGUUUCCACAUGUCGUUUGGCAUCGGAGCGUUCCCCUUCGGCUUCUUCACAACAGUCUUCAACGCCAACGACCCCUUCCACAGAGCAG